GUCCAAUUAUAUUCAGUUCAUAUCUGAUAUGUAUUCAGAUUGUUGCUUAUCAUAUUGUGUGGUAUUUACAUGUUCUAGAUAAAUACAGGGUGGUUUUAGAUACAAUAUUUAGUUGGAUAACUUAGUAUGUCUUAUUGCGUCAAAUAAGUGAUUAGGAAUAAUAUAGGACCAAAUGCUCAGGAAAUCACCCAUCAGAUUGAAUUGAUUAAAUCCCUAGUUAAGACAGAGCACAAAGCAAGCAUGGCCAAACAGGAUGACCAGGCAGACCCUUUGUUUGAAACUUUGACAACCCAAAAGUGGCGCAACCGGUUUCUUGCAGGAAAGAAAACACUGAGCCUUACCCACAGCCGUCAUUACCUAAAUGUCUUGGGCUGCCAGAUGCUUGCGUCUUCCAACUAGUGGAGAGCAUUCCAGAGAACCUGACAUACGCAGGAAAAUACCAGCCAUCUCAUGUCUCGACAUUCCAGGGCAUACAGCAGCUUAUUGCCAUGGCAAAUGAAACCAUUGAGAUUGCAAGCUUCUACUGGACCAUGAACGACAACGACGUGCCUGUCCAGGACCCCUCGGCAUGGGAGGGUGAGCAACUCUUCAAGGACCUUGUGGUUGCAGGCAGCGUCAAGAACAUCACGAUCAGAAUUGUUCAGAGCAAGCCAGAGAGAAAUGCACCUGUCAACGACACACUGUAUCUCGCGAAAUAUGCAAAUGCUGAUGUACGCACUAUCGACUUCGCUCACCUGUUUGGCAGAGGAAUUCUCCACACUAAGAUGUGGCUUGUUGAUCGGAAACACUUCUACGUUGGCAGCGCCAAUCUGGACUGGCGGUCAUUUACUCAGGUGAAAGAAAUGGGUGCCACCAUCCAGCAGUGUAGUUGCCUAGCAGCGGACAUGGGCAAGAUAUUUGACGCCUACUGGUACCUGGCCGUACCAGACGCUGCGGUUCCCAGCACGUGGAAUAUAAGCUUAACCACCGCAUACAAUGCUGACAGCCCCAUGGUGGUCGACUUCAACGGCACCAACUAUCAGACUUACCUGUCAAGCUCUCCACCACCUUUGUGUCCCGCGGGAAGAGAAAAGGAUGGUGAUGCAAGUGUACGGAUAAUCAAUGAGUCUCAACAAUACAUCCAUAUAGCUGUGAUGGACUACUAUCCAACCACACAGUUCGUGAAACCCAGAACCUAUUGGCCAGUUAUUGAUGAUGCGAUAAGGGCUGCUGCCUUCAACAGACGAGUUCAAGUGCGACUUCUUGUCAGUUACUGGAACCACACGUACAACGAAAUGUUCCUGUACCUGCAUUCCCUACAGGACCUCCAGACCUACACACGUUUCCUGAAGAUUAACAUUCAAGUGAAACUGUUUGUGGUCCCUGCUUACACUGAUGCUCAAAGAAACAUUCCAUAUUCUCGUGUUAACCACAACAAGUAUAUGGUGACAGAGAAGACUGCAUAUAUUGGCACCUCCAACUGGUCUGGAGACUAUUUCUUAACCACAGGUGGUAUAGGUCUUGUAAUCCAUGGCAGCAGCCUUGGUAACCAUAGCGAUAUCCGACAACAGCUGGAAGACGUCUUUCAAAGGGACUGGUACUCUGAGCAUGCGUUCUCCCUUGACCAUUUCAACACCACAAUGUCUUGAUAUAUAACAGCUUUAUACAAGAUCGAUAUAAAGUGUUCUGUAAAGUUAUUUUAAACCUAUGCUCUUAUAAUGAAGAUUAGUUUAUGAUUAAUUGAGUAUAAGGGUUAUUCAUGUUGUAUUAAUGAUACACAUUUAUGUUGUUUAAAUGAUUCCUUAAAAUUGUUAUAUAUCUUAAAAUUGUAAUAAAGAAUAUACGUGGAAGUAAAUGUCUUAGGUGAAUCCUUCAUCAUGUUAUUACAAACAAUCAAAAGUACUGAUUCGUGUUGAUUUAUAUAAAUCUUGCUCCUAUUUUAAUCAAGACACAUUUACGAUUACUUCCAUAUUUAGUCUAUUCAACUUUUGUAUUUCAACUAAAGCUCAGUUGUUUUAAGCUUUAUUGAUUGGUAUGUAUGGCCAAAGUUAUUUUAAAUGCUUUUUUUACAUUGGCCAUAAUUAAAUAUCAAAGAAAUUCAUCUAAAAGUAACUAACCAUUCAUCUGUUGAUUGUUAUGCCUUAAAUAUUGCAGGCAUUUUAAAUGGAAAUGAACAUAAGGUCCAUAUUUGAUGAAUAUUUUAAACACAAUUCAGUUUUUUUUUAAUGCCAUUGAAUAUUUUAUCAAUAUGCGCUAAGGUUAGUCCUUAAUACACCUAGCUUAGGUAGUUUUAUGUAAAUGGGUGGUGCUCUGUGAAAGAGGGGUUUAAUACAUGUGCAUAAAGUGUCCUCCCAGAUAAGCCUGUGCAGUCCGUACAUGCUGAUCUGGGACGACACUCUCCGCUUUUAUAUUUUUCGUUUCAAGAAAGUCUCUUCUGAGCAAAAAACAAAUAUACAAGGAAUGUGUCGUCCCUGAUAAACCUGUGCGGAGUGUACAGACUAAUCUGGGACGACACUUUACGCACAUCCAUUGAACCCCUUUUCACAGAGCAUGGCUCAAAUAUAAGAUUUGCUAUUUUGGUGGACUAUUCAUUAAAUUAAUGUGCUCACCUUUUCUUUUCCCUUGAGGAUUGUGCAAUGUUUUAAUAAAGGUCUAUAUAUACACAUGAAUGUAGUGACCUUAUGUAUAUGUGUCACAUGAUUAAUAAGUUAUAUGUGUUAUUCGGUAUUAUGCCUAUUGCACCUAAAUGUUAAACAUUUAAUUACAUUUCGUAUAAAAUGUUAACAAAUUGCUAUGACACUUAGACAUUCAAAUUUCAUGGAUGUUAAAAGUGAUGUUAUAAAUUAACUUUCCCUUUGAAGUUACAUACUUAUUUCAGAAUGAUAAUAUAAAUGUACAUAGUAAUGUUUGUGUUUCAGUUUAUAAUUGUUUUGUAUUGGGUCUCUAUGUUUGUUGUUAAUUUUGCAAAAUCGUGCCACCUAUGCCACAAUGUAAAUUGAUUUACUUGUACUUUUCACAAUAAAAUGUUUAUGUUUCCUUUUA